GCAGUCCCCGCGGGUCGCGGCGCGGGGCGCAGCCGGGCCGGACGGGCAGCACAGAGCGGGCACAAAAGCGCGGCUCUGAGCGGUGCCGUCGAGGAGUCGGCGCUGGAGCGGCUGCCAGGGGGUUCGCAGGAUGCCGGCGGGGCGGCGGUGUUGGGCGCGGGUGCUGAGCGCGCUGCUGUGGGUGGCCCUGGCGUGCUGCUACAACGUGGACGUGGGGCGUCCCGUGGUCUUCCAGGGCCCCAACGGGUCCUUUUUCGGGUACUCGGUGCUGCAGCAUUACCACGACAGCACGCGGUGGGUCUUGGUUGGAGCUCCCAAGGCAGACUCUAGAUACAGCACCUCUAUUCAGUCCCCAGGAGCAGUAUUUAAAUGUCGAGUCCACACCAAUCCUGACAGAAGAUGCACAGAGCUGGAUAUGGGUCGAGGCAAUUCUCGGGGCAUGCUCUGUGGAAAGACUUGUAAAGAAGACAGAGACGAUGAAUGGAUGGGCGUGAGCUUGGCUAGGCAGCCUAAGGCUGGUGGAAGUGUGCUGGCCUGUGCACACCGCUGGAAAAACAUCUACUACGAGACAGAAUACAUUCUGCCCCACGGCUUCUGCAACAUCAUUCCCCCCAACCUUCAGCCCAGCGGGAAGAAGCUCCUGCCCUGCUAUGAAGAGUAUAAGAAGAAGUACGGGGAGGAGCAUGGCUCAUGCCAGGCGGGGAUCGCAGGCUUCUUCACCGAGGAGCUGGUCAUCAUGGGGGCACCAGGAUCUUAUUACUGGACAGGAACAGUCAAAGUACUGAAUCUCACUGACAACACGUAUUACAAGCUGAACGAUGAUGCUGUGAUAGCCAGGCGUUACACCUACCUUGGAUAUGCGGUGACAGCAGGCCAUUUCUCUCAGCCAACUACCACGGAUGUUGUGGGAGGAGCUCCCCAGGAUGGAGGCAUCGGAAAGGUUUAUAUUUUCAGAACAGACAGACGAUCAGGCUCUUUAGUAAAAAUCUUUCAGGCUUCAGGAAAAAAGAUGGGCUCUUACUUUGGCUCCUCCUUAUGUGCAGUUGAUCUGAAUUCUGACGGGUUAUCAGACCUGCUGGUUGGAGCACCUAUGUUUUCUGAGAUCAGAGAUGAAGGUCAAGUCACAGUCUAUAUCAACAGAGGAAAUGGUGUGCUGGAGGAGCAGCUUGUCCUGGAUGGUGAUGGGGCCUACAACGCGCACUUCGGGGAGAGCAUUGCCGCCCUUGGUGAUAUCGAUGAUGAUGGGUUCCCAGAUGUUGCCAUUGGGGCACCUAAGGAGGAUAACUACAUAGGAGCAGUGUAUAUUUACCAUGGGGACGCCAAUGGGAUUGUACCUCAGUACUCAAUGAAGCUGUCUGGGCAGACAAUAAACCCAAUGCUGCGGAUGUUUGGGCAGUCCAUAUCGGGAGGAGUCGAUAUGGAUGGCAAUGGUUAUCCAGAUAUGACUGUUGGAGCCUUCUUGUCAGACCAUGUUGUACUGCUAAGAUCCAGACCUGUCAUUACCAUGGACAUCUCCAUUUUCCUGCCAGCGUCCAUCAAUAUCACAGCUCCUCAGUGCCAUGACAGCUUGCAGCCUGUGAACUGCCUCAAUGUCACCGCAUGCUUUCGUUUCAGUGGCAAGCAUGUUCCUGGAGAAAUAGGUUUGAAUUAUAACCUGACUGCUGAUGUAGCAAAGAAGGAAAAGAGCCAGCAACCCAGAGUUUACUUUGUGACUUCUGGAGAGACGGUGGGACAGAUCACAGAGAAGUUAGAACUGUCGUACAUGCAGGAAAAAUGCAGACAUUUUCUAGCAUAUGUCAAGAGAAGAGUCAAAGAUGUCAUAUCUCCAAUUGUAUUUGAAGCUUCGUACAGCCUCGGGGAACAUGUAAUAGAAAGAGGAAAAGAGGACAAGGAACUACCUUCUCUGAAGCCCGUUCUCCGCUGGAAGAAAGGACAGAAGAUUGCACAAAGGAAUCAGACUGUUUUUGAGAGGAAUUGUCAAUCUGAUGACUGUGCUGCUGAUCUGAAACUUCAGGGCAAAUUACUGCUAUCGAGUGUUGAUGACAGGACGGCCUACCUCGCUCUGGGAGCAGUGAGGAAUAUCUCUCUGAACAUCUCCAUCUCUAACAUUGGAGAUGACGCCUACGACACCAAUGUUUUCUUCAACUUUUCUGGGGAGCUCUUCUUCAUCAAAAUGUGGCAGAAGGAGGAGCAGGGAAUUUCCUGUGAGUUGCUGGAGUCGGACUUUCUCAAGUGCAGUGUGGAAUUUCCUUUCAUGAGAUCAAAAUCUAGGUAUGAGUUCAGUGUAAUCUUUGACACAAGCCACUUGUCUGGGCAAGAGGAAACACUUACCUUCCUUGUCACUGCCCAAAGUGGGAACAUGGAGCGCAUGGAGUCUCUGCAUGAUAAUACUCUGACCCUAUCAGUGCCCCUGAUGCAUGAAGUGGACUCGUCUAUCAAUGGGGAAGUCUUCCCUACUUCCUUUUUCUAUGGUGAUUCUGUGGAAGCAUCCAAUUUCGUUCAGUUGGAAAGCCAUGAAUGCCGUUUCCAGUCUCUUAACUUCACGCUGCAGGUUUAUAAUGCUGGACCAAGCACUCUUCCUGGUGCUUUUCUUGACAUUUCAUUUCCAAACCGCCUCUCUGCUACUGGAGCUGAAAUAUUUCACGUUCAGCAGAUGAUGGUUGGUCAGGACAAAGGCAACUGCUCUUUUCACCGAAACCGCAACCCGUGUGUGGUUCCCCAAGAGAAUGAAAAUAUUUUCCACACUAUAUUUGCUUUUUUCACGAAGUCUGGCAGAAAAGUAUUGGACUGUGAAAGACCAGGCAGGUCCUGCUUAAUUAUACGCUGCAACUUAAGUUCUCUAGCAAAAGCAGAGUCCAGUGAAAUAAGUAUUUACACACUGCUGAACACUGAGAUACUGAAGAAGGACAUUUCAUCGGUUAUCCAGUUUGUCACGAGGGCAAGGGUGCAGGUGGACCCUGACCUUCGGGUUGUAGAGGUGCCCAAUGGGAGUCCAGAAGAAAAGACAGUGGUCUUUGAAGCUUUACACAAUCUGGAGCCUCGUGGGUAUGUCGUUGGAUGGAUCAUUGCCAUCAGUUUGCUGGUGGGAAUUCUCAUCUUCCUGUUGCUGGCUGUGCUUUUAUGGAAGAUGGGUUUCUUCCGCCGGAGGUACAAGGAAAUUAUUGAGGCUGAAAAGAACAGAAAGGAGACUGAAGAUAGUUGGGACUGGGUCCAGAAAAAUCAGUGAACUGCCCUUGAGAAGGGAAAGCCCAGUCAUGUGGCACGUGCUUGCUUGCCCAUAGGUCCUGCUCUCGUAUCUUCCAUAUGUGGAAGAAGGAAUCUUCUCCAGAUUUUUCGGAGGCCCUGUUGAUGCUGUGUCUUUAUCACUCUAACAAGCUAGGAAACAUAUCCUGAGGCAACCACUGUGGCCAUGUCAGGUGACUGGAGCUAUUUACACUUCAUUUUAGAGCUGAACUUUGAACUUUGGUAACCAAGCUGCAGUGCAGAGCAAUAUUUAUGAAUCCAACUAUGUGGUAUACCCUCAGGGGAAGACUGUUACCUAAAAAUAUUUUUUAUAAAUAUAAGCUUUUUAUAUUGAUCAUGUCUUUAUAUUUGUAUCGAUGUUUUAUAGUUUCUAUUGAAUAGCUAUAUAGUUCACUCAAGCACUGAUAUCUGGCUAAAUCAUUGGGAAUACAUACAUGUAUAUAUAAAUCCUAUCGUACUUUUAAACUUCAAUGCAAGAGAGAUUUGCAGAUCAAAAUAGCUGAAAACCUCAUAUGCUUAGUUCACAAUGCUUGGUAAUAUUGUAUAUAGACCAUUUAAUGGCAAUAAGUCAAAAUCUUUUAAUUGUCUCUUUUUUGAGUUGAAUUUGGUGUUUGCUUUAUAAACUGAAGAACCUAAAGUGUUAUACAUAUGUGAUGUUCUGUAUACGAGUCUAUCCUUCACUGACCUGAAUGGGAAAGGAUGAAAAUGCUUCCUUAGUGACAUGUAGCAAGACUUGUAGCUCUCCUUGUAUUGCUGAAGAAAGCAUAACUUGUUUUUGUUUGUGAAUUUUUCUCCUGCAGUCUCUAGUAUUUUAAUAAUGGUCUAGGAUUGGACAACUGAGAUACCAAAAGGAUAUAAUUUGGACAACUACCAUGGCAUUGACAAAUUCCUUAGAAUUUUAAAAAAAAGAAAAUUAAGAAAUGAAGCCAUAUUGAUCUUUAAUGUUAAGAAGGAUGGUUUUUAAGCUACUGUUAACAGUUGUGAGCUGUUGCUGUCAAAGCAAGUGAUCACUUGAUGCAAACUGUAACUGUUAUACCUGCUUUGUGAGUUUUCUACAUGAGUCAUAGUGUUUAUAUCAUAAUUUUAGGAGAGAUAAGUAGAUGCAAGCAUUAAAAUGUUCUUUGGAUCUUGAGAUUGCCUAUUUGGGUGUUCCUAGAAUAGAAUGUACAAGGGGAAAUGGCUUUAAAUUGAAAGAGGGGAAAUUUAGGUUAGAUUUUAGGAAAAAAUUCUUCACUCGGUGUGUGAUGAAUCAAUGGAACAUGCUACCCCAAGAAGUUGUAAUGCCCCAUCCCUGGAGGCAUUCAAGACCAGGUUGAAUGAGGCCCUGGCCAGCCUGAUCUAGUAGCUGGCAACCCUGCACGCUGAAGGGAAGCUAACUGAUCUUUAAGGUCCCUUCCAACCUAAGCCAUUUUAUGAUUCUAUGAUUGUGUGAAUGCCAUUCUUCAUCAAGUGUUAACAAGGAAGUUUAGCCAAGGUGCAGAUGUUACUGAAUCUCAGAUUGCCUCUUUAUUCAUUAGUAAUUCCUUAGAAAAAUAUUUGUUGAAUUGGAAAACACGUAAUUGUAAUUAAUUCAGCCAUGUAUCUUCAAAAAACUCUUGGGUUUCUGAAUAGAAACAGUGGACCUGAAUGGGGCUUAAUUUCAGAUUCUGCUUGUACUUUGUACCUUGUGUAAAUAAGAAUUGUGGUGUUGGUAUAAAAUUAAUAUAAGGGAAAGGAUGAUGAGGCUCUAUAGCAGUCGAUGAGAGAAUAACAGGAAUGAAUGGUGGCAGGAUAUGUCUCCUUGCAUUAGGGUAAUGCAAAAGAACUGCUGGAAGUUUGGAAACCUGAAUGUAGAACACACACAAGAAGUCUGUUUGAGAACAUGCCUUACCCUUGCUCUUCCUUGUAAAUUCAUUAGUUUUAUAUUUUAAAAAAUUAACCUGUUUCCUGCUAGUUCCUCCCACUCUCCCAGUGGCAUUAAGUACCUGCUAUUACUACAGUAUUGAUAUUUAGUUAAUUUAACUAUCUACACCCAUUAGGCAGGAAAUGGUUUUUAAGUGAAUGAAGAGUAUGGAUUCAACGUUUGAAAAUAAGAAAAAAGCAACUUGUUAGUCUAUUUGAUUAUCUUCCUUAAAAAAUCAUUGUUGAUUUGAAAGAUUUGGUCUUGCAAGUGAUCAUUUAAGGUAGAAUCUGAAAACAAACAAACAAACAAAAAGAAGUCCUGAGAAGAAAUCCAGGUAUAACCACAUGUAGUGGAUUGCAUCAGAGUGCAAAAACAGAAGGCUCAUGGCCUUUGACUACACUAUUGUAUUAGUGACUGUUGAAUUCUUUCCAGUAUGACUCUUCUGACAUCUUUUAGAUUUACUGGGAGUAUUUAAACCUAAUAUAUAUCUAUUUUUCUGUUGUUAAAAUACCUAAUAAUACCGGGUAAAAGUUAGACAUGAAAUUCAUUAAUAAGUAUGAAUUAAGUAAGCAAUUGCUUAAGUACAUACUGAAAAGCAAAUAAUGAGCCCCUUUAUAUAGCUGUAAGAAUUUUCUCUAUCUGACCUCUCUAAAACUGAGUAAAAAAAAACGCAACAGGUGUAAAAGUAGAUUUGUUGAAGACAGAGUUAAAGGGACAAGAAAAACUAAUAAUGAAUUUAAACUGAUUUUGAAGAGCUUCUAUCCAAAGAAUGAGGAAAUUCCCUUGGAAAAGUUGAAAUUCCUACAUUGCAUUUUCACUUUUUAAACAACUGAACAGCAGAAAUACCAAACAGCAGAAAUACCAAAAAUGUUUCAUUUUUAUAUUUUAAGAGUCAAGAGUAACUUUUUCUUUGAAAAAUCUUUUGACUAUAUAUGAAGAAGAGAGUUAAAAAUGGUGUAAUAUCUGUUACUGAUCCAGCACAAGUCCCCACUCAAUGAAAAUCAAGACACUGGCCUGAUUAGUGAAAUAUUCUUGAAAUAAUCCAUAAAUUCUUAUUAUCAUCACUGUUAGCUUCCCAGUAGUUCUGUUGACACAGUUGCUUUUGUUUUUACAUGUAUACUCUUUAUAAUUCUUUUUUUUUUUUCAAAUUCCAGUAUAGCUCUUCACUUAGUUCCAGUUAAGAUAGUCAGAUUUGACAAUGAAACAUAUAAAUACUAAUAUUAAAAUCCUGUAGAUGCACCUUUCCACUCCUAAAAGAAACAGAGGAAAACUCAAGUAAACCAAAGAACCCACUAAUUGUUGGUUGCAAUUCCAGAAAUCUUAUAAAAAUGUAGUGUAAUUCAAGAAUGUAUAGAAAAUUGUUGUGCUGUGGUUUGGCUGUGGUUUUGUUGUUGUUGUUUAAAUUAAAAAAAAAAAAAAAAAAAACCUAAAUCAGUGUAAUUGUGUCAAAAUGUAGAGACCUGGCCACUUUGGAAAUCACUUCCAGGGCUCUGGAAGUUGCCAUCAGUCAGCCACUGGUUUAGUCCCUUUGUGCUGUGAUGGUUGCCUAGCAGAGCUGGUGGAAGUCAUUGUUUAGGUUCUCUCCGAUGAAUCCAGUCUGGGACUAUGUCAUCGUUUGUCUCGGGCAACUUCAUUUAAAGGUUUGCUGAAUAGUCAUUCAUUUUGGUUUCGUUCUCUUCCUACUAAAAGUUCACUUUGUGCUGGCUCUAAGCUGUGCAGUGCUGGCUCUAUGCUGCACGGGUGGAAGCUUGGAAGUGGGGCAGUAUCAUUUUCAAAAGUAACCUAGCACCUGAGAGGUCUUUUGUUUAAGCUCUAAAGCCAUGUGUAGGAUGUUGUCUUACCAACAGUACUCUUGAAGUUGCUUCUAGGGCAGGAAGAAAGCAAUCUCAGAAAAAUAUGAUCAGGAAGAAAAGAAAAAAAAAUGUUAAGGAAGAACUUAACUUCACUUAACUCAAAGCUGUUGCAAGUCCAUUUACUUUCCAUCUUCAAGAUGGAAUUCAAGAAGGAAAUUACAAUUCUUGCAGUGUCUGGGUCAUCCACAGCACAAGGAUGAAUUGUAUUUCCCAAGAGCUGAGAUUUUACCACUUUCCACAGCGUGCUUUGUGAGCAUUUCAUUUGGAAACUGAGGGUAUACUCUUGGAGGUGUCUACUCCUGGAGGUGAAUCCCCAUCAGUUCCUCCCAAGCAACAAAAGGGCUCAUGUGUUCUGAGGCAGUCAUUGAUAUGCCGUGGUACUUGGCCAUUAUUGUUAAUAGAAGUAGUAGGUAUGUUUUUCUGAACAAACCUUGGUUUUAAUUUACUCAAAUGCAAUUAGGAAAUCACUUGCAUUAUUUGAGAAAUUGGGACUGUUGUGAACCCAAUGCCCAUUACCCAAUCCUUUCAGAGUGGAAAAACUCUUUUUUGCAAAGCCUAAAAUACCAGAUAAGGACAACCCUUUCUAACUUGUUGCAUGAAUAGAGAGGAUGCUCCCUUCAUGUCAGUGAAGUGCAAGUAAUUUAGCUUGCUGAAAGCAACAGUUGCACGAAGAUUGUGUUUGGCAAUAUUUAGUACUGACUUUCUUGAAUGUCUUUUCUUUAUAGGCACAUUUUGGAGUCUUGCACAAGUUUCAAGCAUAAUAUCUAUGUGAUGUGGGAAUGUAUAACAUUGCUUUCUCUAAAGGAUUAACAGAGUCAUAGAACUAAUUUCUAUGUGUGUCCAAAUCCAUGCAGAUGCUACAGUUUCUUGAAUAUAAAUAAAAGUGGGAUUUGGUUCACAUGCUGUACAUUGAUUAAACUGGGGUGAAGACUGUAAAGACUUUUGGAGUGUGGUCUGCAUACGCAGUAGGGUACCCACAUCAUUGUCACUCCUUUUUCUUAGAAUGUCACUCCUUAUAUAUUGUAAAAUUCUAUAUUUCUUUUUUGUGAACUUGUGGUUGGAAGAAUGUGUUCACUCUUAUUGAUGUUACCUGUAUUUAGAAGUUCGUGAUCACCUGUAUUCUAAUUCACUUGCACUGUUUUGGAAAUGUCAGGUUUACAGAAAUACAACUUUUUGGAAUAAAAAGUGGCUGCAAAAUUA